CGGUGCGGUGCGGUGCGCGGUGCGGUGCGGUGCGGUCCCAGAAAAAGACCCGAGACUCGCGAAAUGACGUUGUCCCUCUCUCGUGAUUGCUCUCUCCCUCGAUGAUCGCGUUGUCCCUGUUGAUUGAACUUCGAUUCUACUGCAUCUCUCUCUCUCGGCCUCUCCUGGGUGUCAUGUCAUGCUCGCUAUGAUCAAAGUGGCUGCUUUUAUUUGCUAGAAAGGUGUCUCCUGUAGCAAGAUGUUGAAGCAAGCUUUUCGCCACCUGUGCACUAAUAGUGUUCUAGUGCUUGGUGUUGAUGCCUCUCGACAUGCUGUCUUUGUACCGACAUGUGGUAUCCACAGUGGGCAGCCUCAUUUAGCACCAAGAAGUUUCUUUGGAGUUGAAGACUACUUGGAUGACAACAAUAGCCGGCCAUACACUUACCAAAAGGGGAAGAAGUCCAAGAAUCCGUGUAAGCACGUGUCCUUCAAACAGCGCACCAUAGCCUACAUGGAGCCGUUCACGCUAGAUGUUUUCAUCUCCAAGCGCUUUGUCUCGGCUUCACUGACUCAUAGGGUCACGUGCAAGCAGGUCGCUGUUGCGGGUACCAAUUCUAAGGACAUCAAAGCUGUACUCAGGUCUCGAUCAGACAUACCUGCAUGUUUGGCCGUAGGCCAGAUUUUGGCGGACCGGGCGAGGGAAGCCGACGUGUACACUGCUUCCUAUACUCCAAGAGAGAGGGACAAGUUUGAAGGAAAAAUCAGAGCCGUAGUUCAGUCUCUGAUUGACAGUGGCAUCGAUAUUAAAGUUUAUCUUGACUGAUUUUUCCUCCUUGAGCAUGAUCUUGUUUAUGUGCACAACUCCUAAUGGGAAUAUACUGACAUCUUAGACAUUGUGUUGAGAACAUGCAGGAUGUUGUGUUGAUUCAUUUGCUGGUUGCAUAUAGAUAACUGUGACUAUUUGUUUAUCAGUAGCAGUCAGAUUUUGUUUUGGCUUUGUGGAAACAUUUACCUUCUGGAUUCUUGAAUGGGCAUUGUGAUGGCUAUCAUGGCUUCAU